CGUAAUAUUCAUGCUUGAGUAACGUUGAAUAUAAACAAGCCGGCGUGUGAAAUUUGCACCUGUGCUUUGACGAAUCAUUUUGCGACACGUUUCUAUAUAAUGUCGGUUGUGUUUCUGUUCUUUUUGAUGCGUUCUACUCGCGAGUGGAUUUUGAGAGAAAAAGGUGUUUCUGACUUUCGAAAUAAUUUUCAUACCAAUAAACAGGCCACAACAUGAUGUCACUAUAUUCUACAGUUUUUGUCGCAAUUCUCCUGUUACAAACCACUGGUCUUCAAAAAGUCAAUGGACUAGCAGUGGCUGGUGCUUUGUCUCUGGAUAGCAUGACCUUUGAUAAGGUUGUCAAGUCUUUCAAAUCAAUUUUAAUAAAAUUUGACAACGCUUAUCCACACGGAGAACAUCAGGAAGAAUUCAGAAAACUGGCAACCUUCAGCUCGAAAACUGAAGAUUUCAUCAUUGCAGAAGUUGGAAUAAAUGAGUACGGUGAAAAGGAAAAUCAGGAUUUGGCCAAUAGAUAUGGAAUCAGGAAGGAUAAUUAUCCUCAGUACAGACUCUUCAAAGGUGAUCUUGACAGUCCUAUAUCACACUCCGGUGGCACAACUCACUUUGAAAUUGUCAGAUUUCUUCGAGAGAACGGCAUCUACGUUGGUCUUGAUGGAUGCUUGGAAAGAUUGGACUCAUUGGCGGAAAAAUUUAUGUCAUCACUAGGAGGGCAAAAAGAUACUCAAGAAGCCGUUUUCAAUGAACUAAAAAAUGUCAUAGAAAAUUUCCAUACAGCAGAGGAAAAAGAAUAUGGCGAAAUGUACAUUUCGAUCGUUAAAAACAUGAUCGGAAAAGGGAGAGAUUUCGUACAGAAAAAUAUUGAUCGCAUGGUUUCGAUUUUGGAGGGGGAUAACGUUGCAAAAAAUAAGAAAGAAAAACUACAGAAAAAAGUCAAUAUUCUGAAGUGUUUUUCGCUAAGUGCGGCCACUAGCUCUGGGAUAAAAGACGAGUUAUAGUUCUUUAAUAUCUAUGAGUGAGUAGGACUGUCGGUCACUCUCGAAGACAUUCAGAGAUCAGGAAAAACGUAGGUUAGAUCAGAUUUGUCCUCAUACUCAACCCUUUAUAUAUUUUUUUUUAUAUUUAACUUGGGGUAAGGAAGUUUGCAGAACAACUUCUGAAUAUUACAGACCAGGAUUUUAACUUGUUACCAAUCCAAGGUGUUUAAGGACGUUUAACAUUAUUUGACAAGAUGAAUACCUAUUUUGAUUGGGGACAUUUACAACUCGCCAGCGAACCCCACUCGUUCUCAAUUUUUGGGAUCGGGAUAAUAAUUCUAUCUUUAUGCUGUCUAACUUUUUUGCUAUUGUCGAAAUCAUACUAUAUAUAUAGAUUUUAUCUCUGUGUUGCGUUAGUUACCCAAAGGGUUAAAGGAGAGAAUUAUCCGGUCUUAUUUUAUUUAAAAUUUGUCUGUUAUUAGUAAUUAUUUAAAUGCUCUGGAAACCAUGGGUUUUAUUUCUUUAUCACCUAGUUCAGAAA